AUGGGAUUUGGAGAUAUUAAAAGAGCCAAAUAAUAUGUUGCUGUUGGAAUCUUGAUUUCAGUAUUAAUAUGUGCUUUAUGUGCAUCAUUAUUCUGGGUAUUUUAAGAUGGAUUUAUUGAUUAUUUACAGCAGAAAGAGGAAAGGAUUAAUAUUGAAACCAUACCUUGGAUGAUUGCUGUUUUUUAAUUGUAGAUGGAUUAUAAGGAACUUUAAGUGGAGCAUUAAACGAAAUGUUAAGUAGAUUUAGUUUAGGUAUGAGAUUAUAACUAUUUUAGUAUUAAAACAUAUUUGCAUAUUUAGUUUGUUGUGUUCCUAUUGAAUUCUUUUCAAGCGUACGAUUGGGGAUUUGGAAAUGA